UCCAAUGACCAGAAUCAACCGGCUCAUGUUUACGUUCAAUAUAUAAAAACGCCGACCACUUAGUUACAAAAGUGAAAUUCAGGCGAACAGUCGUAAAGCGUCAGCGCUAAUUGGUUGUUAAAGAUUAUAGAUUAAAACAAACGUGAUAUUAAAAAUGGUUAUCAACUUUGCUGCCGGCCCAGCUAAGUUACCCGAAGAGGUUCUAAAGGAAGUACAGCAAAAUUUGCUAAAUUGUAAUGGCAGUGGAAUUUCAGUUAUGGAAAUGUCUCAUCGCUCCUCAACAUAUGAUAAAAUUCAAAAAGAUGCCAUUAACACGUUGAGGGAACUCUUAGAUGUGCCAAAUAACUACAAGAUAUUGCUUAUGCAAGGUGGAGGUACUGGCCAAUUUGCGGCUGUAGCCAUGAAUCUUAUUGGACGCACAGGCACUGCUGAUUAUGUUGUAACCGGCUCUUGGUCUGCAAAGGCAGCAAAGGAAGCCACUCAGUACGGUAAAGUUAAUUUGGUUUUGCCAAAGUUUGCAAAAUAUACGACAGUGCCCCGCCUGGAUACGUGGAAAUUGGAUUCGAAUGCUUCGUACGUGUACUAUUGCGAUAAUGAAACUGUUGACGGCGUAGAAUUUGACUUUGUUCCGGAAAUUCCCAACGACGUGCCCUUGGUUUGCGAUAUGUCUUCAAACUUCCUAUCUCGAAAGUUCGAUGUAAAACGCUUUGGUAUAAUUUUUGCUGGAGCUCAAAAAAAUAUUGGACCCUCAGGAACUACCGUGAUUAUAAUACGUGAAGAUUUGUUGGGCCAUCAUCUAAAUAUAACACCGUCCGUAUUAAAUUUUUCAUUAAUGCACAAAAACGACUCACUAUUAAACACCCCGCCUACUUUUGGAAUUUACGUUAUGGGUUUGGUUUUUGAGUGGAUCUCACGCAAUGGUGGCGUUGAAGGAAUGUCACAGAAAUCGGUAGUCAAGUCUAAACUCAUUUACGAUAUGAUUGACAAGUCGAACGGAUUUUACUAUUGCCCAGUUGAUGCAAAUGUACGUUCCCGUAUGAAUGUACCAUUUCGUAUUGGCAGUCCUCAGGGUGAUGAAAAUCUCGAAAAAGCUUUCUUAGCUAAAGCCGAAAGCGAAGGCAUGAUUCAACUGAAAGGUCAUCGAUCUGUUGGCGGUAUUCGAGCAUCCCUUUAUAAUGCCGUCACCACUGAUGAAACACAAAAAUUAGCAAGUCUUAUGAUGGAAUUUUAUGAAAACAAUCGAAAAUAAAAUACACAAAUUUGUUAUACUGAUA